UGUAGUUACGUCGUUCAGUAAAAAAGUGACGUCGCAAGAAUACGCUUCGAGGUUUGUUUCACUGCCUAACACCGCUGUUGUUGCGACACUUCGACUUGUGCGGUGCUUCCGGCCGAGUAGAGUAUUAUGAGGCGUGUCUCGAAGUGGACGCUGGUUCGCCUGGUCGCUGUGUCCGUCCUGCUCUCUGUCGCUUACUUCAUCUGUUUCUCUGGACUGACCGCCACGAGCGACUCGGUGCGUCAUUUCGAUGUACACGGCUCCACCGAGUUCCACAACCUUCUGCUUGAUACUUCUGUAGCUGACUGUUGCGAUGGAGAGCCACUCAAGAUGGAAUUGCCGGCCUCCGACUUCGAGACGCUGCUAGACAUCCGCGACUUCAAAUUCCGGAUUAACCAGCCGUCGUGCAGAGGGGAACCAGAGGUUCUGAUUAUCGUGCAUUCAGCUCCCCGCAACUGGGAGAAGCGCAUGCAGAUCCGCAAAACGUGGGGCUCUGACCUACAAGGUCAUCUACUAUUUAUGCUUGCAGCUGUGGACUCCCCCAUGCUGCAGUUGUCGCUAGAAUCCGAGAACGACCAGCACCAUGAUAUCGUGCAAGGCAGCUUCAGGGACGCAUACCGUAACAUGACGUAUAAACACGUCAUGUCUCUCAAGUGGGCCCUAUACUUCUGUCCCGGAGUGCGUUACGUGCUGAAGACGGACGAUGACACUUUCAUUAACACCCCGGUGUUGAUACGGGCACUGACACAGGGGCGCCUCCGGUGCGGGAUGAAGAAAUUGUUGCUGUGUCGGGUGUGGAGUGGCGUGGCAGUCAACAGGACCGGAGACAAAUGGAUGGUGACUCAGGAAGAGUUCAAUGACAACGUAUACCCAGACUACUGCUCAGGCACCGCCAUCCUGUACUCCCAGGACGUGGUGUACGCGCUGUACAGGAAAGCCCAGGAAACGCCACAUUUCUGGGUGGAUGACGUACAUAUAACCGGAACGGUGGCCGGAGAGCUGAACUUGCCUCAGGAGACAAUGGAGAGCGGAACACUCAGUAUUCGGUUUACGCACAACACUGUCAAGUGCGAUCAUUCUCUUGAGAAGGAUGCACCAUCCUGGAUUCGCUCAUUCCUGUUCAGCAAACACGACCUGUCGACCAGCGACAUGGCAGCGCUGUGGUCGUAUGUGAAAAACUGUGCAAUGACACCUUAGCCGUCAUUGGGAAUUCCGGAAAGAAAAGCCAAAUAUUGUAUCUCAGUUGUGGAACAAAACGCCAAAGAUUACACCACAAUCGUGAAGGAUACUGCCAAAGAUAAGACCAUACCUGUGGAAGGAAGGGAAGAAGAUCGGCUGGUAGUCCUGCCACACAUCUGACCCUAGUUAUAGAAGAUAAUGUCAAAAAAAUGAUUAGUACUCCUAGAUGGAAGCACCAGAGAUCGGACCACAAUUGUGAACGGAAGUGCCAAAUCUUAUUCUUUAAUGCCUAUUUAUGGAGAGACAUCCUAGAGAUCUACGACACGGUGCCAAAACUCGAUUUGCUCAGAAUUACUAGAGGUAGUAGACUAAACGAUAGUCUUAAUGAGAAUUAAUUCUAGUACCUUCCAGUUAGUUUGUUAAGUAGCAUAAGAUGUCUACAACUUUCUCCGUAGAGAUGUGAAACGCGUUAGCUAUGACAGACUAAUAAUGACUACUGAAACAACACUGUGAUAUGAAGUGUUUAUACCACAAAAUGUUAGCCACCUGUUAAUUUCCUAACUUGUACCUGCUGCUACAGCCGGCAUCGCGCAGAGUCGGCAUAUGUACGCGUGCAUGUGUGUUACCGGACAGCAACAAAGUGUUUUGUGAGCAUAAAGUCUACGUGUAAACAGUCACCUGACAGAGUUGACACUUCACCAGUGAUUAUGAUUGAGAUAAUUUAUUUUAUUACUCAAGGAUUUCAAUUUUAGUAACCUGAACUUAUUAACUGUGACAGAUCCAGCGAUAGCCGGUAUGGAACGUCAUACAUAUUAAAUUGUUUCAUAUGAUUUAUACAUUGCUGGAAGUCUGCAUGUGCUACUUAAAUUACUAUUAAAGUUUAUUGCUUAAAAUACUCAAAUUA